GGCUCUCACUCAGCUGGGCGGCUGGUCCGAGAGGAGCGGUGUGACGAACGAGACGCUGCGCUGGAGUCGCACCGGCAACGAUGUCAUCGUUUUCACGGACCCCCUUUAAAGUGGCUUUGCUGAUCUUCGUCUUGAUUGUGAACUCGUUUUGUGUCGCGAGUGACGACGAUCUCCAUAAGGAGAGCUCCAACCACGGUGCGGUAUCGCCCAGCCAAGAAGAUGAAGAUCACACCUAUUUCGAACACUCUUCGAUCCUUGGCAGUAGGAAAGAGGUCGAGGAGUUCGCAGACAUGUCACCGGAAGAAGCUAAAAAGAGACUUAGAGUCAUAGCGAAUCUCAUGGACACGAACCAUGACGGCAGCGUUGAUAGAAACGAGUUACAGAAGUGGAUUCUCAAUUCAUUCGCGUCCUUGACGUUAGAAGAAGCUUCAGAGCGUUUCGAAGAUACAGAUCGUGACGGCAACCGACUCGUUUCCUGGGAUGAACACUCCUCCGAAUCCUUCGGAGACGGGACCCGGCAAUUCAAGACGACAGAGGAGAAACUCGAUCACCAGUCUCUAGUUGAUGAAGAGCGUGAACUCUUUGAUCUCGCGGACAAGGACAAAGACGGAUUCCUCAACAAGGAGGAGUAUGCGAGACUUUCGCAGCCACACGAAUAUCCCGAAAUGCAAAAGGUGAUCGUUCUCCAGGCUCUCAAGAGGAAAGAUGCCGAUAAAGACGGCAAACUUUCGAUGGAGGAAUUCCUCGCGGAUGAGAAACUGUCCAAGGAGAAUUUGCUCGACGAGCGGGAGCGCUUCAGGCAUGAGUUGGAUAAGAACAAAGAUUCCUAUCUGGACUAUGACGAGUUCUUCCAUUGGGUGAUUCCGGAUAAUAAUCAAAUCGCGGACUCAGAAGUGGAGCAUCUGAUGGAAAGGGCGGAUGACAAUCACGACGGAAGGUUGUCGAUAGAUGAGGUGGUCAAGCAUCACGAUACCUUCGUCAACUCAGAGGCGACAGAUUACGGAGAACAUCUUCUCAAAUAUAAGGACGAACUCUAAUCGAUAGAGAUGGUUGCAAGAGGGUCCGCGUCAUUCGCCCAAAACUCGAAGAUAUGUUCAGGCUCAGUACCUGCCUGAAAGGAGGGGAGGUCUUGCUCCCGUUACGCAAGUCGAGCUUUAUCACAUCCGUCGAUGCCCAUCAUCACGAAUUCAUCCGCAUCACGCAACAAUGAAUGUUUUCGAGACUCAGGUCGAGUCUCGAAGCAUGCCGAGCAAAUUCAAUAGGAUUGAGCGGGAUUAUCGGUGCAUCUCGUCUCUGGAUACAAUAAAAAGAGUUGUGGUAUGACCGAAA